AUGGGUAAAGGCAAGCCUCGUGGUCUCAACGCGGCCCGCAAGCUGCGCACCCACCGAAAGGACCAGCGAUGGGCGGAUCUGGGAUACAAGAAGAGAGCCCUCGGUACCGCCUUCAAGUCGUCGCCAUUCGGAGGUUCCUCCCACGCCAAGGGCAUCGUCCUCGAGAAAGUCGGUGUCGAAGCCAAGCAGCCCAACUCCGCCAUCCGAAAGUGUGUCAGAGUCCAGCUCAUCAAGAACGGCAAGAAGGUCACUGCUUUCGUCCCUAAUGACGGUUGCUUGAACUUCGUAGACGAGAACGACGAAGUCCUCCUCGCCGGUUUCGGUCGCAAGGGCAAGGCCAAGGGUGAUAUUCCCGGUGUGCGAUUCAAGGUCGUCAAGGUCUCGGGUGUCGGUCUAUUGGCUCUGUGGAAGGAGAAGAAGGAGAAGCCCAGAUCGUAA